ACGGAGGGUUCUACAGUGAAAACAUAGUGUUAAUAGCCGUUUAAAGUAACAUAAUAGUGCAUUAUUUUAUCACUAUAUUUAAUUAUAUUGUAUAAGCUCAGUGAGUAAUUGAAACCAAUUUUAAAGAUGACUAAUAUAAGACUGCAAUUAAGAGACAGUUACCCAGUUACCCAUGCUCACCCAGUUUCAGACUCCAUACUGUGUAGUGUGUUAACUCUAUUUAUUGUGUUAAUUAAAAUGUCGUGAUUAAUGGUGUCAAUUGACUAUAAACCGCCAACAUGGAUUGGGAUAAAAUGAUACAUUUCGAUUUUCAAGACAGUCCCAUGCUAUCGAGACCCGCGUCAUACAACUUCGAUCCGAAUAGCAGUGAUGGCCGUAACAGUCCUAUCAGCAGUGAAGUUCAUGAUAACGCUACAGGAUAUCGUUUUGCUGAACUGAAAGACGAUUAUGACGACGACGACCAAGGUUUACCAGCGUGCCCACUGACGCUGCGUUCGUUGCGAGAGCGCCUGCAGCAGUGGACCGGUUGGCCUCCUGACGGCGGGGCGACGGGCCCUACGCCGCCGGGAGGCAAAGGCACCCAUCCGCAGAGGGACAACAACGGACUAGGGGCUAAGGGACAACGCAGAAGAAACAUGCCGGCCCUCAGGAAUAGGCGCGGCUGGUGCGGCUGCUUAAAGGAUGAUGAGCCGCCAGAAAUUACAUACUGUGUUGUUGGACAUUCAGGAGCUCUUUCUCUUCAAGCCGUCACUCCAACACAGCCCAUGCCUUCGCAGGAGGAAUUAGAUGCUAAAUUUGCAGAACUUGUGGAAGAACUGGACUUGAGCGCGGCGAACAAAGCUGUCAUGCUAGAUUUGCCAGCCCAGAAGAAAUGGCAAAUCUAUUGUUCUCGCAAAGGAGCGGAGAGCGAGGAGCCAGGAUUGUACUCCGGCGCUCCCAGCACGGCCGAGCAUUACAUCGAAAGAUUGCAAGCACUGGCCGAUCAACUAGAAUCGUCGAAAUCCAUGGAAAGAUCUCUGGACCAAAUGAAUGCAGGCGAACAGGCUGCACUUUUGGAGGCUCUGCGUACUUCUCUGCGAACGGCUGCUCAUUCCUUCGUCCUUCGUUUUGUAGAAUUGCGAGGUUUGCACUUUCUGCUCCGUUUGCUGCAGCAAUGUGCAGAACGAUGCACCAUUGGUGCUGCUGGAGAACAAUUGGAAAGGGAGCUCAUCGGCUGUGUAAAAGCUCUUAUGAACAACUCUACUGGUCGUGCCCACGUAUUAGCGCAUCCUACGGGCAUUGACACGAUUGCCCAAAGUCUGCGUUCUGAAGACACAAGGACCAAAAUCCAGGCGCUGGAAAUUUUGGGUGCUGUUUGUCUCGUUCCUGGAGGACAUAAGAAAGUCUUAGCAGCGAUGAUGCAUUACCAAAAAUAUGCACAUGAGCGAACGAGGUUUCAAGGAAUUGUAAACGAUUUGGACCGAUCUACUAGUCCCCAUAUUCAGCCAUGUCCAGCACUAAGUACGGCUUUGGUUUCAUUUAUAAAUGCUGUACUAAGUUAUGGUCCUGGAGAGUCCGAUCUGGAGUUUCGAUUGCAUUUAAGGCAGGAGUUCUUGAUGCUGGGUUUACAGCCAGUGUUGGACGAGUUGCGCUCUGGGUCCCCUGAUGAAACUUUAGAGCGGCAUCUUGAUUUCUUUGAACUUUUAAGAGCCGAAGACGAAAGACAACUCGCUAGGAAAUUUGAAGAGGAGCGUGUUGAUACCAAAAGCGCCAGCGCAAUGUUUGAUUUAUUAAGGAGGAAACUCAGUCAUACGCCGGCAUACCCUCAUCUCGUUUCACUUCUUCAGCACAUGUUGCUACUGCCAUUGGACUUAGGUCAUCAUGCAGAACAUUGGCUAAUGUUCGACCGCGUAUUACAACAAUUGGUUCUGCAACGUCCUGCAUCCGGCAUAACUUGUUCAGAACCUCUCACCGAUGGUGACGUAACUGUAAUUACCACUCAACCACCGCUAACUCCAGCUCCUAAUCCAGAUAUGCCUCCUACGGAUCCAGAUUGCGCACCACCACUAGCAGUGGACGUAAGUGCUCUGGUCAAGCUUUUGAAAGAUGAGCAGGAACUGGAACAAGCUAGGAAUAAGGCUGAAAAGUUGGAAAUGGAAAAUGCGGAAGUUGCAUCGAAACUUGCUGAAAAGGAGCAAGAACUGGACUUGCGCACUCAACAGAAAGAAGAUGCCGAGAGUGCUGUAAGAAGAACAAAGGAGCGAUUAGAAAAAGAAUCUGCUCAGCAUUUGCAAGCUUCACAACGAUUGGCAGAAACCGAACGUCGUGCAUGCGAACUGGAACAACGUUUGCAACAAGAACGUGCUGAGAGGGAGAGACUUCAAACGUUGUUGCAACAAGGUUGCACUUCUGAUGAUGUCAAGGUCACAUCCCUUAAAGCAUCAUCUCUUGGAUCUCCAUCGUUACCCCCUCCUCCGCCUCCACCACCGGGAUUGGCUCCACCGAUGCCACCUGCACCACCUCCAGUCGCUCCAAUUGCACCCCCAAUUACUUCUUCGGCUCCGCUAGCUCCAGCCGCUCCUGCACCGCCAAUGGUUUCAGUGUUCAGCAAUCGACCGCCACCACCGCAACCUGCUUUGCCACUCAAGAGCUUCAAUUGGUGUAAAUUACCUGAAGGCAAAUUGAGAGGUACUCUAUGGAGCGAGUUAGACGGAAGCAAAUGGUACGAAGCACUUGAACUUGAAAGUGUUGAUAGAAUGUUCUCAGCUUAUCAAAAGAACGGAGUUGCGAAUGAUGGAUCAGUCGAAGAUCUGCGUUUGGUCGGUAAAGGAAGGGCGAAAGUUUUAUCUGUUAUUGAUGGAAGGAGAGCGCAAAAUUGCACAAUUUUGUUAUCUAAACUUAAGAUGACUGAUGAAGAAAUAUGUAGGGCCAUAAUGACAAUGGAUGAAUCAAAUCAACUUCCUAUAGAUAUGUUAGAACAGCUAUUGAAAUUCACUCCUUCUCCUGAAGAAGCAGCAUUGUUGGAUGAACAUGCUGAAGAUAUCGAGAGCUUGGCAAGAGCUGAUAGGUUCCUUUAUGAAAUUUCUAAAAUUCCACAUUACGAACAACGCCUUCGCUCGUUGCAUUAUCGCAAAAAGUUCCAAACUAUUGUCAGCGAAUUGAAGCCACGAGUACUUAAAGUUUUGGAAGCAUCUCGUGAAGUUGCAAGGUCAAGAAGAUUGAGAAGGCUUUUAGAAUUAGUGUUGGCAUUAGGAAACUACAUGAACCGUGGAGCUAGAGGCAAUGCAUCUGGAUUCCGUCUCGCAUCUUUGCUUCGAUUAGCUGAUACCAAGUCAGGAACAGUUCGUGGGGCCACUUUGCUGCACCAUGUGGCUCGUGUAUUGGAGAGACGAUCUCGCGAUGUUUUAUCGCUAGAGGAAGAUUUACCACACGCUCGGGAGGCUGCCAAAGUUAGUCUUGCUGAACUUGAUAAGGAUGUGGCUUUCUUGAGAACUGGAUUGGCCGAGGUGGCUCGCGAAAUCGAUUUCCACAGAAGCAGUGCGUGUCCCACUGGAGGUUCAUUCGGCGAAGAUCGCUUUUUGCCCGUCAUGCAAGAUUUCCACGCUCAAGCAAGCGCCACUUUCGCUGAAUUGGAGGAUCAAUUCCAGGAUAUGAAAGCACGUUUUGACAGAGCUGUUCGCCUAUUCGGCGAAGAUGGAUCUCAAUUGCAACCAGAUGAGUUCUUCGGCAUUUUCGAUGCUUUCUUGACUGCUCUGGCAGAAGCUCAACAUGAUAACGACGCUUGCAAACGCAAGAGAGAAGAAGAUGAGAGACGUGCUAAGCAAGAUGCUGAGCUAAAACGAAGAACCCUGGAACGCAAACACAGCCGCGAGAUCACCUCGCAUCUGGACACCGCGGUUCGUUCGGCCACAAUGGGUUCUCGAACCAGUUCUCAUCACAAUCAUAAUUCAUCUAACAAUAAUUCAGCUAUGGAUAACAAUAAAGGUGAAUUUGACGAUUUAAUCAGCGCCUUAAGAACUGGCGAUGUAUUUGGAGAAGACGUCGCUAAGUUCAAACGCGCUCGCAAAUCAAAAAUUGCCCAAAAUAGUAAUGGAACUAAAGGUGGUUCUCCUCCAAGGAGAACUUCUCUGAACAGAGAGCACAGUAGGGAGAGAGUCGUUAUAAACGGACAAAGAGCAGCAUAAAGCAUAUGAUGCCUGUUUUAAUAUGUGAUUUGUUUAAAUAUAGGAUCGAACUAUCAAGUCAUUCGCAUGAUAAUUUGAUGAUAAAUAUAUGCAGAAUGCAGCCGUCAAAUAACUAAUUUAAUCUUAGUUUGAUCUUACAUUUCAAACAAAUAUGUACUGUUAUUUAUAUGACAAGGUUGUACGUCGUAUGAUCGCAUGAUUGUGUUUUUACGCCUUUUAACUACACACAGUAUUUCAUACUCUCUUGU